ACUAGUCAGUGGUCAGGCGGGACAGAGAAGACAGAGCCUCCGGUGACAAGCGGCAGGUUAGCACGCUCCCACUCGGGUGGGCCCAGAAUCUGCGUCCCAGAGCCCCCCGCUGCGGCCCCUCUCCUGCAACCCUGGAGAGGGAGUUCCCCUGCUGAGACUCUUCCCUUUCAUCUGAAACCGCUCUGCUCACUCGACCCAGCCCCUCAGAGGCCGCACAGGCAGCCGCAGCCUCAGCAGCGAAGAGGAAGGCUGCAGGGGCAGGGGGGGGGGCAGGUGUCUGCAGGCCCCCCAGAAGACCCUAGUGGGGCCCAGCCCCUGGCCUCAUCGCAGGGGAGAUCUCUGACCAUCGUCACUUACACCAUGAGGUGCCCCGGGGGCCUGGAGCUCUGGUUCCGCUGGGGACAGGUGGCGGCCUUGCUGCUGCUGCUGGGGGUGCCGCUGCAGAACCGGGCACUGCCGCCCAUCCGCUACUCCCACGCUGGCAUCUGCCCCAAUGAUAUGAACCCCAACCUCUGGGUGGAUGCCCAGAGCACCUGCAAGCGGGAAUGUGAGACAGACCAGGAGUGUGAGACCCACGAGAAGUGCUGCCCCAACGUGUGUGGGACCCGGAGCUGCGUUGCUGCACGCUACAUGGACAUGAAGGGGCGGACGGGCGCAGUGGGCAUGCCCACGGAGGCCUCAUGUGACCACUUCACGUGUCUGCAGCAGGGCUCUGAGUGUGACAUCUGGGAUGGGCAGGCUGUGUGCAAGUGCAAAGAGCGGUGUGAGAAGGAGCCCAGCUUUACCUGUGCCUCUGACGGCCUCACCUACUACAAUCGCUGCUACAUGGACGCCGAGGCCUGCUCCAAGGGCAUCACGCUGGCUGUGGUCACUUGUCGUUAUCACUUCACCUGGCCCAACACCACCCCCCCACCGCCCAAGACAACUGUGCGCCCCACCACAACCUCCCCCGAGACGCCUGGGCUGGACCUGGCAGCCCCUGCCCUGCUCACUCACCCUGCCCACCAGUCGGUGACAGUCGGGGAGACUGUGAGCUUCCUUUGCGAUGUGGCAGGCCGGCCCAGGCCCGAGGUCACUUGGGAGAAGCAGCUAGAGGACCGAGAGAAUGUGAUCAUGCGACCCAACCAUGUGCGGGGCAACGUGGUGGUCACCAACAUUGCCCAGUUAGUCAUCUACAAUGCCCAGCCUCAGGACGCUGGCAUCUACACCUGCACUGCCCGCAACACAGCUGGGGUCCUUCGGGCCGACUUCCCCCUGUCUGUGGUUCGGGCUGGGCAGGCCGUGGGCAGUGUAGAAAGCAGCCCCAAUGGCACGGCCUUCCCUGCGGCUGAUUGUCUGCAGCCACCAGACAGUGAAGACUGUGGUGAGGAACAGACACGUUGGCACUUCGAUGCCCAGGCCAAUAACUGCCUCACCUUCACCACUGGCCGCUGCCACCACAAUCGCAACCACUUUGACACUUACGAGGCCUGCGUGCUGGCCUGCAUGAGCGGGCCUCUGGCCCUGUGCAGCCUCCCUGCCCUGCAGGGGCCCUGCCGGGCCUACGCUCCACGCUGGGCCUACAACAGCCAGACGGGCCAGUGCCAGUCCUUCGUGUAUGGGGGCUGCGAAGGCAAUGGCAACAACUUCGAGAGCAGAGAGGCUUGCGAGGAGUCCUGCCCUUUCCCCAGGGGCAACCAGCGUUGCAGGGCCUGCAAGCCAAGACAGAAGCUGGUGACCAGCUUCUGUCGCAGCGACUUUGUCAUCCUGGGCCGGGUCUCUGAGCUCACAGAGGAGCCCGACUCGGGCCGUGCCCUGGUGACGGUGGACGAGGUCCUCAAGGAUGAGAAGAUGGGCCUCAAGUUCCUGGGCCGGGAGCCCCUGGAAGUGACGCUGCUCCAUGUGGACUGGGCCUGCCCCUGCCCCAACGUGACGGUGGGGGGGACCCCUCUCAUCAUCAUGGGUGAGGUGGACGGCGGCAUGGCCAUGCUGCGGCCUGACAGCUUUGUGGGGGUGUCGAGCCCCCGGCGGGUCAGGAAGCUGCGGGAGGUUCAGCACAAGAAAACCUGUGACCUCCUUAAGGAUUUCCUGGGCUUACACUGAGCCUCUCAGUCCACUUCACCCCAAUCCCAUUUUCUCUCCCAACCUUGAUGCCCCUCAGUAAGCAAACUGGACAAAGCCCAAUAGACAGCAUCAUGCAGGGGGAGAGUCAUUUGUCUUGGCACACAUCAGAAAUCCGUGUUGAUCUGAACCAAGGGUCCCCCAGAGAAACCUAUAUAUGAGUCACCUUAGUCCCAGUGAUGCAAGCACAGAGAGGUAUCAUUCUCCUCCCUGGGACUGCCCCUUCCCCAGGGGCCAUAAAGAUGGGGUGUGGUGGGGGAGGCUCAGGAACGGGAAUAUAUCACUUUGCAAGAGAAAGAGAGGGCCCAGACUCUGCACCCCUUAGCAGAGACCACCUGAGUGAGGGCAGAGCAGGUGGGGUGCAGGCCGUGUGCAGACAGCAGGACAGGAGCAUUUAUUUGUGCUCUGACCUAGCUGGCUCUGUGGUCACUGAGUCCCCACAGCACCCUGAGAGACCAGAUCUUUCUCCCUGGCUCUGGUGAUGGCUGCUUUGUCGAGUCACUGUCCGUCAUUCCAAACAAGUGAACAGACCUUUUCUGAACGCUUCACUGGGUGCCGAGGAGUCGUGAGUUGUUGUCGCACCCCUGAAACGCGCUAGUGGUUGGCCUGUGCAGCUGUCGAAUGGUCCCUUUACAGGGACAGCGUGCUUUCAUGCGCCAGGGGUUUCUUAGGACAAAAGCAGCAUCUAUUUUGGUAAGAUGAGAAAGGAAGAGAAAAAGCAGGCAGGGGAGGAAGGGUUGGUGGAGAAAGAAAGGAGGAGGGGAAGUAGGAUCGGCUCGAUGCUCCCACCUGCUGGCCAUCUCGGGAGUUGCAGGGGACUGCUGCUGGGAGGCUGCAGUUGUUGAUCUUGUUGGUGAAUUUUCUUUGAGGGUCCAGACACCCCAACCCUAGACAAAAGAUGCGGG